AUGCAGUCCCGUCUCGCCGCCCUCCUCGCCGCCCUCGCCGCCGCCUCGUCGGCCUCGGCAGAAGUAAACUAUCUGGCCGCCAUGCCCGCCGCCCUCAACACCCCCCAUGCCCUGCUCCCCCGGCAGACGGGAGGCGCCUCGCCCACCAUCCCCACUGAGUGCUACAGCGCCAUCGUCUCCCUCUUCAGCUCCGUGCCCACCCCGCCCCCCGAGGUCCAGUCCGCCCUCGAGGCCGACCUCGCGCGCAAGCCGCCCGCCGACCUCUGCAGCUUCACCACCCCGCCCAACCUUUCCGCCCAGUUUUCCUCGUACAGCUCCCAGCUCGACUCGUGGUCCUCGCGCAACGCAAACCAGCUCACCGCCUGCUCCAACCUCCCCAACAUAAACGCCUUCUCCGCCUGUGGUUCAGACCGCUCCAGCUCAACCCCCGCCGCCAACGCCGUCUCCAGCAGCACCCGGUCCGGCAACGCCCCGGCCCGCCAGAAUGGCAUGGCUGCCGCCGCCGUCGUCGCCUUUGGCUUGGCCGUUGCUAUCUUGUAG